AUGAACCCCUCCCUGAUGGCCACGCGAAACGCGCUCCCGCUUACUAACCCUGCCACGCUCAUGUACAUCCGCGAGAAGACGGCUGCCACCAACGCAGAGAUGACCACAAACAGCGCCAAUGGGCAGCCUCGCAAAUCCACGGCAAGGUUUUCGCGCAAGAUGAAGGAGCUGCUCUCCGGCAAAAAAGCUGAACGGGAGCAGGGCGCGACUGAUCUGCCGGCGAAGAAGAGCCCGUUUUACCGACAGUUUGUAGAGGCAAGAGCGUUCGUGAACACCGGUCUUCAUCAACAGCACCCCAAGACUCCAGCUGCCAGGAUGAAUGCACACACUCGCUUCGCACUCCCUUUGAACACAUACGGCAGUCUCAAGCUCCUACAUGACAAGACCCAAGCGAACGUUGACAACAGGACAGACAAAACGAUCAACCAGACUGCUGCAGCCACCGCCACCACGAAUCAGCAGCGUCACAACUCAAAGUUUUCGCAAAAGAUGAAGAUGCUACUCCCCGGCAAAAAAGUCAAUGCCGGGUCGGCAUCGGAGGACAGCAAGGCCACGGUGAGCGGGCGGAAGCGCGCGACAACGGUCCAUCUCAUCGGUUCGCACGCCUUCGUGCAGCUAGGUCCACCCUAGAGGUUGAGGAUCGAAUUUCCGGCGAUUACUGCGGUGGUCUUCAAUUUUCAAUGAUUUAUAACUUAGUAGCGUUGAAUUUGUAUAUUCGGAUAGCUCUCAUAGGAAGGUGCUAGUACCGGUAGGAGGAAUACUAGUAAUGGCCACACCAAGUGCAUCAGCGGCUUUCGACAUCGCUACAG